AAUCGUGAGUUUGUGAUUGCAUUACGUACGUAAAUUUGUGCAGUGUGCAGAUAAAAGCAAGUCAGUCGUGUGGAAGCGUUUUUUUUUAAAGAUCGCAGUGAACAAAAGCAACAAUCGAUUUUAUUAAAACGUAAUUAACACCCACAGAGAAAUCACAUCAAACAGGACUGUGCAAAUAAGCGGUAAAUAAAACUAUCGGAGACAGAGAAGUCAAGUGCUUUUAAUCUUUCAAAUCCUGUAAAAUGGCAUCCAAGGAGGAAGAGAAUCUUCCAGAAAACAAGAAACUGGCUCGCAAGGAGAAAGAACUCGGCAACGAAUUCUACAAGAAGAAGGAUUUUGCGUCCGCCUUGAACCACUACCAUGCAGCACUCCAGCACGACCCGACGGAUAUCACAUUCCACAAUAAUAUUGCCGCCGUAUACCUUGAGCAAAAGGAGUUCCAGUUGUGCAUCGCUGAAUGCGAAAAGGCGGUUGAGGUAGGGCGUGAGAACCGGGCCGACUACAAGCUGAUUGCGAAAGCGUUUACGCGAAUUGGCAAUGCUUAUCGAAAAUUGGAAGAUUACAAAUCUGCCAAGACGUACUUCGAAAAGAGUCUUUCGGAACAUCGGACACCUGAAGUUAAGGCUCUGCUAAGCAAUACGGAGAAGAAAAUCAAGGAAUACGAAAGACUGGCGUACAUCGACCCGACUAAGGCCGAGGAAGAGAAGGAGCAGGGUAAUGAGUUCUUCAAAAAAGGUGACUACAGCACAGCGGUUAAACAUUACACGGAAGCAAUCGCGCGUAACCCGGAGGAUGCAAAAUUAUACAGUAAUCGAGCAGCUUGCUACACGAAGCUGGCCGCUUUCGACCUCGGCCUUAAGGACUGCGAUACAUGCUGCAAGCUAGACGAAUCCUUCAUCAAGGGCUGGAUUCGUAAAGGUAAAAUUCUGCAGGUGAUGCAGAAAUCCUCGGAAGCUCAAACUGCCUAUCAACGAGCGCUGGAGAUUGACCCCAACAACGCUGAAGCGCUAGAAGGCUACCGAGCUUGCACGAUGGCAGUACAUUCAGAUCCCAAGGAAGUCUGGAAGAAGGCCAUGAACGAUCCUGAAGUGCAGCAGAUCCUUAAGGAUCCAGCCAUGCGAAUUAUCUUAGAACAGAUGCAAAAUGACCCGAAGGCUGUCCAGGAGCAUCUCAAGAAUCCUCAGGUAGCAUCGAAGAUUCAGAAAUUGCUCGAAUCGGGCAUCAUCCAAAUCUACUAAACUAGUUCCAUGCAAACAACGGUUUUCCGGGCUAGUGUGUUCAGAGGAAGGUUGUUUUGGGCCGGAUUCGUAUGCGGAAAAAGUGGAAAAGCGACUCGAAGCCAGUCUAUUUAUUUUAUAUCUUCCCUUCAUUUCCUUAUUUAAUUUGUCCUACAUUCUUUACGGCGCUCAUUUCCGGUAAUAUUUCAGCAAGUACUUAUGGUACUCACAUAACGAUUAGAACUGCAAACUUGUUGUUAUUGUUAGACGAGGACAGGAAAACCAAUAGUUAUGCUUAUACAACAGAUUUGCGCAGAUACCAAGUGACAAAUUAAAAAAUAAAUCAAACAGAUGAGAGAACAAACAUUGCCUAGGUAAAGCAACAAAAAUCAUUACUACUAUAAUAAUAAACAAAACAAAAAGGAAUGCAUAGUUACAAACUAGCCUGUAAACAAAAGUAAUAUUUGAAAUAAAGCUAGGUCUAUUAACGAA